AUGUCUGCCGCGAACAGCAUCAAGGUCGUGGCCCGGUUUCGGCCACAGAACCGGGUGGAGAACGAGUCCGGUGGCCAGCCCAUUGUGCGAUUCAACGGCGAUGACACCUGUACCAUUGACACGAAAGAGGCCCAGGGGUCCUUCACGUUCGACCGGGUGUUCGACAUGUCCUGCAAGCAGUCGGACAUCUUCGACUACUCGAUCAAGCCGACGGUGGACGACAUCCUGAACGGCUACAACGGCACGGUGUUUGCCUAUGGGCAGACCGGUGCGGGCAAGUCCUACACGAUGAUGGGCACCAGCAUAGACGACGGUGAGGGCCGCGGUGUGAUUCCCCGCAUUGUGGAGCAGAUUUUUGCUAGCAUCCUGGCCAGCCCGGCUACGAUCGAGUAUACGGUCCGGGUGAGCUACAUGGAGAUCUACAUGGAGCGGAUCCGCGACCUGAUGGCGCCGCAGAACGACAAUCUGCCGGUGCACGAGGAGAAGAACCGGGGCGUGUACGUCAAGGGUCUGCUGGAGAUUUACGUGUCGAGCGUGCAGGAGGUGUACGAGGUGAUGCGGCGGGGUGGCAACGCGCGAGCGGUGGCGGCCACCAACAUGAACCAGGAAUCGUCGCGGUCGCACUCGAUCUUCGUGAUCACCAUCACGCAGAAGAACGUCGAGACAGGCUCGGCCAAGAGCGGGCAACUCUUCCUCGUCGACCUGGCAGGUUCCGAAAAGGUCGGCAAGACGGGUGCCAGCGGCCAGACGCUGGAGGAGGCCAAGAAGAUCAACAAGAGUCUGAGCGCGCUCGGCAUGGUGAUCAACGCGCUGACAGACGGCAAGUCGUCGCACGUGCCGUACCGCGACUCGAAGCUCACGCGGAUUCUACAGGAGUCUCUAGGAGGCAACAGCCGAACGACGCUGAUCAUCAACUGCUCGCCCAGCUCGUACAACGACACAGAGACGCUCAGCACGCUGCGGUUCGGCAUGCGGGCCAAGUCGAUCAAGAACAAGGCCAAGGUCAACGCAGAGCUCAGCCCGGCCGAGCUCAAGAUGCUCCUGGGCAAGGCGCGGACGCAGAUCACGUCGUUUGAGAGCUAUGUGUCCAACCUGGAGAACGAGGUGCAGCUGUGGCGGUCGGGCGAGGCGGUGCCGCAGACGAAAUGGGUACCGGCGCGGGACGGCAGCAGUGUGGUGACGCCGCGAAACUCGAUGGUGGUAGCGGCUGCGGCUGCAUCUGCGGCGUCACCACGGCCGUCGACACCAUCGCGACUCAUUCCGGAGGGACGGGCGGAGACGCCGGGGAUCUCGGAACGGGCAGGCACGCCGUCGCUGCCGAUGGACAAGGACGAGCGGGAAGAGUUUCUGCGGCGCGAGAACGAGCUCCAGGACCAGAUCGCGGACAAGGAGAACCAGGUGGAGGCGUCGGAGAAGCAGCUGCGCGAGGCCAAGGAAGAGCUGCUGAUGGUCAAGGAGCACGACGGCAAGCUGGGCAAGGACAACGAGCGGCUGACGAGCGAGACGAACGAGAUCCGGAUGCAGCUGGAGCGGCUCUCGUUUGAGGGCAAGGAGACGCAGAUCACCAUGGACGCGCUGAAGGAGGCCAACGCAGAGCUGACGGUGGAGCUGGACGAGCUGAAGCAGCAGCUGUUGGACGUGAAGAUGAGCGCAAAGGAGACGAACGCGGUCCUGGACGAGAAGGAGAAGCGCAAGGCGGAGAAGAUGGCGGAGAUGAUGGCGGGCUUUGACCUGGGAUCGGACGUGUUCAGCGACAACGAGAAGGCGAUUGCGGACGCGAUCGAGAACCUUGACGUGCUGCACCAGCUGAGCAGCGAGGGCGACGUGAUCCCGCCAGACGACCUGCGGGCGCUGCGGACGAAGCUGGUGGAGACGCAGGGGAUCGUGCGGCAGGCGGAGCUGGCGGCCUUCAGCGCGCAGUCGAGCGAGUCGGAGUCGCGGCGGCGGGCGGAGCUGGAGCUGCGGCUGGAGGCGCUGCAGCAGGAGUACGACGACCUGGUGACGCGCAACCUGGGACCGGAGGAUGCGGGCGAGCUGCGGGCGCGGCUGGAGAAGUCGCUGACGGACCGACAGACAGCCCAGGCCGAGCUGAUGGAAGAGUUGCGGUCGGAUGUCAACCGGAAGGCGAGCGAGAACGAGCGGAUGAAGGUGGUGAUUGAGGAUCUGCAGCGACAGCUCAAGGCGGGCGCCGUGGCGAGCGGCAGUGUCGGUGUUGGUGGCAGCGGCAGCAACGGCAGCAACAGCAGUGGUGGUGUCGGCAGCGCGGCAGCACAGGCAGCCUUGGCCAACGGCAAGACGGUGGCGCAGCAGAUGGCCGAGUUUGACGCGAUGAAGAAAAGCCUGAUGCGCGACCUGCAGAACCGAUGCGAGCGGGUGGUGGAGCUGGAGAUCUCGCUCGACGAGACGCGCGAGCAGUACAACAACGUGCUGCGGUCGAGCAACAACCGGGCACAGCAGAAGAAGAUGGCCUUCCUGGAGCGCAACCUGGAGCAGCUGACCCAUGUGCAGCGACAGCUGGUCGAGCAGAACUCGGCGCUGAAGAAGGAGGUGGCCAUUGCGGAGCGCAAGCUGAUUGCGCGCAACGAGCGCAUCCAGAGCCUCGAGAGCCUGUUGCAGGACAGCCAGGAGAAGAUGGCCCAGGCAAACCACAAGUUCGAGGUCCAGCUGGCAGCCGUCAAGGAGCGUCUCGAAGCCGCCAAGGCUGGCAGUACGCGUGGCCUGGGCUCGCCGACCGGUCAGGCCGGCUUCAGCUUUGCCAGCGCCGGCAGCCGCAUCGCCAAGCCUCUGCGUGGUGGCGGUGGUGAUGCCCCGGCCGCCAACCCGACGGUGGCCAGCCUGCAGACCAGCGAGAAUAAGAGAUCCAGCUGGUUCUUUCAGAAGUCGUAG